AUGGCUGCAAAUCGACAAAUUUUCAAAAUAAAAGGAGAUGAAUUGUAAGUUUAAUUUAUAUUUUCAAGGAAAUGAUAAAUACAAGUUUGUUUUCCAGUAAUUUGGAUUUCAUUGAAUUACUUCACAAAAGCGGAGAAAUUCGAGAAAACGAUGUCAUUCAAAUUGCCGAUAAAUCGGGGGCCCCAUUUCAACCGUUCACUUUGAGUAAGUAAAUUUACAAUGACACAAGAAUUUCAAUAAUCUUUUGGCAAAAAAGAAAACAACAACUUUAUAUUUGAAGAGAUCUCUCGAGAUAUAUUUUGAAAAAAAUAUAUUUUCAAAAAUUCCAGAAUUUCUUGAAAAACGUUAUGGCAUUGAACAUCCAUUUCGCCGUGGUUUUCAAACUGGUCAAAUCCAUAACUUCAGUGAUUCACAAGGUACUUAAAAUUCGAGUAAAUAUUAUUCUUGGUUUCAAUUUUUGCAGACAACGAUGAUUCGGAAGAAGAAAAUAACAAAAAUGUAAUUUAUGUUGUCAAUUCUACACCUUCGGCUUCAAGAAAACAAUCUAGUAAUACUUUGGGAAAAAUAGAUCUCAUAAAAAAGGAUCUUGGCAUAAAGAUAAAGAACAGUGAGUAUGAAGUAUGUAUAUUAAUUCAAUGAAUCAAAAUAUGACUUCAGGACUUCUGAAAUAUCGAAGAUUUCCGUUGAUUUUCGAUCCGAAAGAUAAAUCUGUGGACAAAAGUAAACUGAUGCGUUUUAUUCACGGUUCGGCUUUGAAAAAAGUAUUCAAACAAAUCGAUCAAAAUACCAUCAAACACCUCGAUGGAUUUUUUGCGCCUUUGAUUGAGAAAAUUGGUUAUCCGGUAAAGUUUUCAUUCUAAAUAUUCAUUUUAUAUUGAAAAAAAACUUUACAGAAUAGUUGUACGCUUUGUGGAAUUGUUCAAGAACCUGUAAUGUAUUCAAUUAUCUCUCAUAUUGUAUCUGAUCAACAUUAUUCAAAUUUGAAGAAAUACGGGUUUUUUGAAGUUGAUUAUCAAUUUCUUGUUGAAUCAUUAGAAUUUUUGAAAACAAAAAUGAAAGCAAAACCAUCAACAAAUAAAAGUGAGUUUUUUUUUGCGAAAAAUUUUUCAAAAUUAUUUCACAUUUCUAAAUACCUAAAAAUUUAGAGAACAAUGCGAAAAAAGAAAAACCGUUGGUUAAAAGAAAGGUUUUAUCACAAAAUAGUCCGAACAUUUUGACGAAUUCCAAUAAAAUUGUGGAGAAACCAUUAUUGAUUGAUAAAUUUGUGAAUAUUUCGACCGAAUCGAUUUCUAUAUUUCCAUUGAUAUACGAUUCAAAUAUAAAAACAAAUAAAAAUCUUUUGCCAUUUCGGCAUAGUGAGAAACUGAAAGUGUUAUUUGACAAUUUCGAUGAAGUCACUGUGAAUCGUAAUAAUGGAUUUUUUGAUGUAUUAUUUGAUGUUAUAGGAUAUCCGGUAAGUUAAAAAAAUAUUUUUUCAAUCUAGAAUAAAUGUAUUCAGAAAAAAUGUGAUGUAUGCAACCAGAAAUUGUUCAAUGAUCCAUAUUCGAUAAUAACCCACAUAUCAACUGAGAAACAUGUUGAAAAUCUCGUAAAAUUCGGGGCGUUGAAUGAAGAUUAUAGAUUUUGGAGUCAAUUGGCGUAUGAUAUGAGAGAUUUUUAUAUGAAACCAAAAGCAAGCAGCAGAAAUUGCUGUGAAAUUCCAUUAUUAUACAACCCUCAACAAAAAUAUAUGGGAGAAAAAACGACAUUCAAGAAUGGCGACGCUUUUCGGAAAACUAUGAAAAAAUUGAAUGCUGACUUCAUCGAUUUGGUGUUGAAAAAAUUCUUUAAAAAUGUCGGAUAUCCGGUGAGUAAUAAUUAUAUGAUUUAUUCUUUAAGCAAUAUAAAAUAUAUUCAUUAAUUAUUGUAGGCAAGUUGUAAAUUAUGUACAGAACCUCUUGAACAAAAACCAUCAAAUGUAUUAUAUCAUUUGAUUUCUCCUCAACAUUAUAUGAGCUUGAGAAAUAAUGGAUUUUAUGUUCGAGAUUAUUCGUUUUGGAUCAAUAUAUUGCAAGCUAUCAGUUCGAAUUAUUGUCAAGUAAAAGGUUAGUCAAAAAUUGGAAGGUUUUCAAUUUUGGUACCAUUUCAAAGUUUUAAAAUCGCUAUCCUGUUCCAAUUCAAAUUUACCAAAUGUUUGUGAGGAAUACCAAUUUUUAUUUUUGUUUCAGAAACAAAUGUUUCUAAAUUUGUUAACGAAUCGAAAGAUGCUCAAAUCAAAAAAAGUGUAACUCGACGGCGAGCAAGAAGACGGGCAAGUUUUCACAACAUUUAUUUUUUUCUUAUUCAAAUUCAAUUUUUUUAGAAGCAACAACUAGCCAAUUAG